AAACUUGUAAUACGGCGUGGAGAGAGGGUCACGUCGCGCUCGCGCGUACGCAGCGUUGGACUUGGACCUGGCCCGCGCGCCGGCCGGCCCAACCGUCCCCACCUCCCGCCCGCGCGUGCAAACCUGUACAACAAAACCGAACCCCACCCGUCGUCGCCGCCGCUCGCCCGCCAGCGCGUGUGCCCACGACCAAACGCCACGCACGGCCGGCCUCCCCCCUCCCUCCGUCUCCGCACGAUCGAUUUUCGAUACCCUCUCCAAGCCAAAAGCCAGGCCCAGGCCGGCGUGGAAUCGAUCCGAUCCCAGAGCGCGCCAACGUGGGGUCCCGAAAGUGAUCGAUCAUCAUGUCGCGCGACGGCGGCGCGGGCGGGGAGGUGGACCUGUGGGCGAUGGCGGCGGAGCUGGAGCGGCAGUUCGCCGGGUACAAGCAGCGGCUCGCCAAGAGGAGCGGCGCGCACGGAGGCAGCAGCGUCGCCGAUGACGCCGCGGAUGCCCGCGGAGGCGGGGAGGAGGUGGUGGUGGAGGAGGGCGGCGGCGAUGUGAGGGGGAGGAUGUACGAGGCGUACACGAGGAGGAGGGACGAGCGGCUGCGGGAAGGGUGGCGCGCGCGGAUGGAGCGCAAGGAGGCCGAGGUCAUGGCGCUCUGGGCGCAGCUCGAGCGCGGCGCCGGCGCCGGCUGGCGCGCCGCCACCACGACGAACGACGACGACGGCGGCGACUGCACGGCCAGAGAGAGAGGCGGGGACGAUGGCGAGAGGAGGAGAAGCUUCGACGUCGCUGCUGCCCCGGCGGCGGGCAGGAUCUCCGGCAAGAAGCACGCGCGCACCAGGAGCUUCUCGUCGUCCGCCACGAAGAGCAGCCGCCCUGAUGCCGGGACGACGCGGCGAGCGCUGUCCCAUGAGCCGCCGCCGCCGUCGUCGUCGACGUCGUCAGAGACACCCGCCGGCGGCGCCACCGGUAGGAAGGAUAGCCACCGAGUAGCGCGGGUCACCGGCGGCGGCGGCGGCGCAACGACCGCGCCGAAACGCAGGGUGUUCUCAGAGCACACGAGCUCGGCGGUGAAAGAGCAUGGCUCAGCCACGGGUGGGACGAGGCCGAAGCCCCCGCGCUCCGUGCCACGGCGGUCCAGCUCCGGCGGGCUGGAGGAUCUCAAGGAGGCGGUCCUGCCGAACACCUGUCCGGUAGCUGCACCGGUGCAGAGCUGUUCAAGCGAGCAGGCUGCUUUCCAUGGGGAGACCGGGAGGGCUUCUCUCCCAGCCCCGUUCGCUGGCCCCGCCUCGCCGGAUUCAGACCGCGGUGAGGUAGUGGGCAGUGGAGCAGACGACCGUGAAGCUGAAGCGAAGUGUGUCGUGGAGCACAACGCCGAGGAGGUCGCCGUGUCUCCCGGUAAGCUAGCGAAUGGAGAGAUCACCAGUGACUCGGAUGCCGAGCCGAGCUAUGUCUUCGUCAAGAAGGACGUCGUCGGCGAGGAAGACGCCAUGACGACGCGUUCUGACGCCAGACCAGAGCCCGAGGCGGAGAAGAAGAAUGGCGACGCCUCCUCCGAGGGGACCACGGCUCCACCAGUGGACGCCGUCGCGGCAGAAAGCGCGACGACGAUCGCGGGAGAAGCACCGGCGAGGGAGAGCUCCGACGAGUCAUCCUCCUUCUCCGGCAGCAGGUCCGGUGGCUCCCCUCCCAGCAGCGCUCCUGCCUCCUGCAUCUCGCGAGCCCCGUCCAUCGAGAGGCUGCUCGAGGAGGACGCCGCGCUGCUGCGCAAGAAACGACAGGAGAGCGCCGAGAAGUGCGCCGUGCCGACGACGACGACGACGCUGACCACCCCGCCGGUCAGGGUCUCCGGCGCGGCGCGGUCCCCGAGAGAGGCGGUGCGGGGGUUCAAGAGGUUCCUGAGCUUCGGGAAGAAGAACAGAGGGGGCAGGGAGGUCACCGUCAUCGACUGCACCUCGCCGUCGGUGCCCUCGGUGGCCGACGACGACAGCGGCAGCGGAGGGUGGCAGUCCAAUGGCACGAUCAAGCCAAGGAUGGCCUCCUUGGAUGAUGCAUCCGACGACAGCUAUGCCGUCUCAUCUCCACGAGCUUGCUCUUUGCAAAACCUUGUGGCUGCAUCUCCUGCAAAGUCUGAGCUGCAUGAGAUAGACCCACAGGAGAAGUCACCAAAAGCUCAUCGUUCUUUCUUCUCAUUUCGAUCAUUCAACUGUGGAAUGAGCUGAUCUGAAGAACUGGGAAUAGGCGACAGUCACUACUGUACAUAUAGAUCAGUGAGGAAAUUAGGUGUCGCUGCCUGAAAUAUUCAGAAAUCAGAACCUUUGCAUUCCAAUCCUCGAUCCAAAGAUGUGAAAUAUGUUACCCAGAUACUAUUUCUUGACACAGUACUGAUAUUCCAUAGACCAAUCACCAUGCAAGAAGAAAAAAUAUGGAGAAACUUAUAUGCAGUGGCAUGUUUAUGGUUUCUUCAGAGAGCUUUGCUCCCAGAGAUUUGCUCCGGUUUAAUAAAAAGUACAUCGAGAU